AUCAAAGCAGCCCGACCCGUGGCAAAUACUGCUGGCGCCUAAUCGCGGCUGCCCCAUCCACAGACUCACCCAGGGCUGUCGUCACAUGACCCUCGACUAGGAAAUGUUGCACCAGCCGCCCUAUAAACGAUCGCAACCCAACGCGCGCUCAAAUCUAAACACCUCCCACCUCCAUUCCAACAACACCACCAGCCCCCCCACCAACAACCACCGCUGCAACACCCUGCAAUCGCCUCCACGUCGGUCGCGUCCGCCCAUUAUUUCAGGAACCAUUCUCCCGGAUUAAUAAAUCCAUCCACACCAUCCACCAUGCCCGGCGGAAAAGGAAAGACAGGCGGCAAGACAGGCGGCAAGGGCGACGCCAACGCGAAGACAUCCAAGUCGCACUCUGCCAAAGCCGGCCUGCAGUUCCCCUGCGGCCGCAUAAAGCGCCACCUGCGCACCAUUACGCGCCAGAAGACGCGCAUCGGCGCCAAGGCCUCCAUCUACCUGACGGCCGUCCUUGAAUACCUGACGGCCGAAGUGCUCGAGCUGGCCGGCAACGCGGCCAAGGACCUCAAGGUCAAGCGCAUCACGCCGCGCCACCUGCAGCUCGCGAUCCGCGGCGAUGAGGAGCUCGACACGCUCAUCCGCGCCACGAUUGCCUUCGGCGGCGUCCUGCCCCACAUCAACCGCGCGCUGCUGCUCAAGGUGGAGCAGAAGAAGAACAAGAAGGCCGGCGAGGUCUAGAUACGUGUGGACCACCACUUGGGGCGAGCGGUCUGCGAUAACGUGUGCCGGGGAUGGAUUGGGCAUGAGCUAGAUUGAGCGACGGCGAGGGGGGGCGGCCAUCACAAUAGUCGAUAUGUUUCCUUUGGAUCGAUACAGACAACACACGAUACGGGCCACACGAUGCACAACACAACUACGACAAACCCCCCCCCCCCCCCCCCCC